UCAAUAACCAACUUUCUCUCUCACCCCUUAAUUUUUUUUUUCUAAAUAAAACCCUAGACACACACAGCCGCACAAACCCUAAGAAUUGGUCAUGGGAGUAGUCUCUCUCCACCAGCAGCAGCCAAACUGUGCGUGAGAAAUGGCGAAAUCGAAGAACCACACCGCACAUAACCAGUCUUACAAGGCUCACAGGAACGGCAUCAAGAAGCCAAGGAAACACCGUCACACUUCCACCAAAGACUGGCGACAGUUUGGUGGUGGCAGUGGCGGUUGUUGGUGGUGGUUGUGGAAGUGGACAAAUCCAGGUAACAGUACAAAUCCAGUUUGGUGGUGGCAGUGGCGGUUCUUGCUUUUACACUGGAAAUAUUUUGAAGCUGAAAGAACUAGUGUAUUUGAUCAUCUUAUUCAAGUGAUCAGUUAUGCUAUAGAGGGAAAUGGAGGUGGUGGAACUUAAUCAACAGAGAAGCAAAGUCCUCGCCAUGGCAACAAGGUUUAUUUUCCUUCUAAUUUGAUUAUUAUUAUUCACAUAGCAAAUGUUAUCAUGUACACAAUAUGUUUUCAUAUAGAUUGUUUUAUUAUAAGAAUGUUGCUCUGCUUGAUAAAGAUAACUAAUCAGCUUUUCUUUUGUCUUGUUGUUUUUCUGAGAGUGAGGAAAUGUCGAUCAUACACAGUGCUGAUAAUGUAUAAGAAAACACAACCUUACGUCCUUACCAGAAAACACCUGGGGGUGCUGCAAAUUGAACAGAAACAGUGGAACUGGGAAGUGGUUGCAACAACAUUACGCUAUUCCGGCAAUGGGGUUUUCGAUCUAGGGUCUGAAACAAAAUCAAGGUUUCGAAUCAAUUUGCAGAAAUGGGGGAUUGGGUGGGGGUGUUGCAGGUUGAUUUGAGAAGAAAGGGUGGAGAAGAAGAUGAUGGGUAUAUGUCUUUUUUUAAUUGUUCUAAGGGUAAUAUAGUUAUUUCACACAUAGUUAACUGAGAAAUUUAACAGAGGUUAGGUCAGGGGACCAACCGAGUUCAUUUUUGACAA